UCAGAUUAGCUAGUUUCACGUUUAGCUCAUAGCUGUGGGUGGUUAUUAAACUUUAUUAAAAGAACCCGUGGCAGUGACAGCCUGCAGAUAUGGCGUCUGUUUUAGAUGCUCUCUGGGAAGACAGAGACGUUAGAUUCGACAUAACAGCGCAGCAGAUGAAAACUCGUCCAGGAGAGGUGCUGAUAGAUUGCCUGGACUCAAUUGAAGACACGAAAGGAAACAACGGAGAUCGGGGGCGACUCCUAGUAACAAAUCUGAGAAUCAUUUGGCAUUCUUUGGCCCUUCCAAGAGUCAAUUUGUCUGUGGGUUACAACACCAUUAUUAACAUUACAACAAGGACAGCUAACUCAAAACUGAGAGGUCAAACUGAAGCUCUCUACAUCUUGACAAAGUCCAACAACACAAGAUUUGAGUUCAUCUUUACAAAUGUGGUUCCAGGAAGUCCAAGACUCUUUACUUCUGUCAUUGCUGUACACAGGGCCUAUGAGACUUCUAAAAUGUACCGGGACCUAAAAUUGCGAGCUGCUCUUAUUCAAAAUAAGCAGCUUAGACUGUUGCCCCGGGAGCAAGUGUAUGAUAAAAUUAAUGGUGUUUGGAAUUUAUCCAGCGAUCAGGGUAAUCUUGGGACCUUCUUUAUUACCAAUGUACGGAUUGUGUGGCAUGCUAAUAUGAAUGAGAGCUUCAAUGUCAGCAUUCCUUACCUCCAGAUCUGGUCGAUCAGAAUAAGAGACUCAAAGUUUGGUUUGGCUUUGGUCAUUGAGAGUUCACGCCAGAGCGGAGGGUACGUACUUGGGUUUAAGAUUGAUCCAGUUGAUAAGCUUCAGGAUGCACUCAAGGAAAUCAAUUCCUUGCAUAAGGUAUACUCUGCCAACCCCAUCUUUGGAGUGGACUACGAAAUGGAAGAAAAGCCCCAGCCGUUGGAAGAGCUCACAGUGGACCAGCCUCCUGAUGAUGUGGAAAUUGAGCCUGAUGAGCAGACUGAUGCUUUCACGGCCUACUUUGCUGAUGGCAAUAAGCAUCAAGACCGCGAGCCAGUUUUCUCCGAGGACCUGGGCCUCGCCAUUGAAAAGCUAAAGGAUGGCUUUACGCUUCAAGGACUGUGGGAAGUGAUGGGCUGAAACAACAUUAAGCAUGUGCAUAUUCUGUGUACAUACUGUGCUGAUAAAGACAACGAGUAUAUUUAUAUAUAGGUCAGGUUAGAAGGUGGACAGUUUUGUAUAGAUACUUCUUCCUGUAAAGAAAGUACAACAAUACAUUAAAUGUAUGACAUUUUUGUGGGUUAAUUGUAUAAAAUAUGUCCUUAUAGUGAGCAGAAUGUGGGAAAAAUGCAGCUUUUAUUGUUUAAUAUGAAUAAAUGUAUUUAAAUAGA